UGACGCGAGCGGGCGGCCCGGCUGUCUCGGCGGCGGUGGCGGCGGCAGCGGAGCGAGCACGGCGCGGCGCCACCAUGGGGGCCCAGCUGAGCACGUUGGGCCAUGUGGUGCUCUCCCCAGUCUGGUUCCUGUACAGCCUGCUCAUGAAGCUGUUCCAGCGCUCCUCGCCCGCCAUCACCCUCGAGAGCCCGGACAUCAAGUACCCGCUGCGGCUCGUGGACAAGGAGAUCAUCAGCCAUGAUACGCGGCGCUUCCGCUUCGCCCUGCCGACGCCCCAGCACAUCCUGGGCCUCCCUGUCGGCCAACACAUCUACCUCUCAGCUCGAAUCGACGGAAACCUGGUCAUUCGGCCCUACACGCCCGUCUCCAGCGAUGAUGACAAGGGCUUCGUGGACCUGGUCAUCAAGGUUUACUUCAAGAACACCCAUCCCAAGUUCCCCGCCGGAGGGAAGAUGUCUCAGUACCUGGAAAGCAUGCAGAUGGGAGACACCAUUGACUUCCGGGGCCCGAACGGGCUGCUGAUCUACCAGGGCAGAGGGAAGUUCGCCAUCCGUCCCGACAAGAAAUCCGACCCCGUCAUCAAGACAGUGAAGUCUGUCGGCAUGAUCGCAGGAGGGACAGGCAUCACCCCAAUGCUGCAGGUGAUCCGCGCCAUCAUGAAAGACCCAGACGACCACACCGUGUGCCACCUGCUCUUUGCCAACCAGACCGAGAAGGACAUUCUGCUGCGGCCCGAGCUGGAGGAGCUGAGGAAUGAGCACUCUGCCCGCUUCAAGCUCUGGUACACGGUGGACAAAGCCCCUGAAGCCUGGGACUACAGCGAGGGCUUCGUGAACGAGGAGAUGAUCCGGGACCACCUUCCGCCUCCGGAGGAGGAGCCGCUCGUGCUGAUGUGCGGGCCCCCGCCCAUGAUCCAGUUCGCCUGCCUGCCCAACCUGGAGCGCGUGGGCCACCCCAAGGAGCGCUGCUUCACCUUCUGAGGGCCGGCGCGGGCUGCACACGCCCACCGGCCCGCGUACGCACCUCGCCCUGUCCACGCCCGCGCCGUCGCCACCCCCCUCUGCCCCAUCUCGCGCUGGGGCCCGGCUUCAGCCUGGCCUGGCCGCGCCCUGGUGACGGCCCGCUGAGCUGGCCCCAAGGGGCCCCUUUGGGCGCAGGGUUCUGUUUCCCGUGGGCCACAGCUGAACCUCCAGGGUAGGUUCCUGUCCAGCACUUGCUGGUUCCUACCAGAGGUGCCCAGCCCAGCCCUGUCCCCCAACCCGGCACCCACACUACAAGAGGAGGGCUGCCAGCUCCACGCUGCCGUCACCCCUCGGGGCG